AUGGCACCUAGUUUGGUUCACACCACGUCUACCGGUUCCUACAAGUCUGAAGGCACCCUCUCGAGCAGCAGCGACGGUGCUCUUCCCACUCCUUCGGCCUUCAAUGUUGACUCCACCAUUCCUCUCUGGCUCAAUGGCCAGCAAGUCGCACUGCCUGAAACCUUCGAUGUGAUAUCUUCCCAAAACCAGAAAGUUUUGUACAAGUGCUCCUCGGCUAGCGAGGCAGAUGUCGAGAGAGCCGUCGCUUCAGCACAGGAGGCGUUCAAAUACUGGUCCCAAACGAAACCCAACUUCAGGAGAGACAUUUUCUUGCGUGCAGCCGACAUCUUUGAGAAACGAAAACAGGAAUUGGGCCACUACAGCCAGACCGAGACGGGAGCGCUGCCGUCCAUGUUCUCGCUUGAGCAUAGUCUCGCGGCAGAUGCAUGCCGGAGUAUCGCAGGUCUCAUUCAAGUCGCUAUUGCUUCCACGGUUCUCACCCCCGCCGAGCAUGGAAGCAAUGCUAUAACAGUGAAACAGCCAUAUGGGGUGGUUUUGGCCAUAUCGCCUUGGAACGUCCCGAACGUGCUCGGCCUCAGAGCUUGUUUGCAGCCGUUGGCCAUGGGUAACACGGUGGUGCAUAAAGGUCCCGAACUGGCUCCUGCCACUCACUGGGGUGUUGUCUCCGUUCUCCAUGAGGCUGGUCUCCCAGCAGGAUGUCUGAACACUAUCUACCACCGUCCGGCAGACGCUGGCAAGAUAACCGCCGCACUCAUCGCCCAUCCUGCGAUCAAGAAGAUCAACUUCACGGGUUCGACCGCCGUGGGCGCCAUUAUCGCCGCACAAGCCGGCAAGCAUUUGAAGCCGACCGUGAUGGAGUUGGGAGGGAAAGCCCCCUCGAUCGUAUGCGAAGACGCCGAUGUCCCAUACGCGGCCCAACAAUGUGCACUGGGCGCCUUGCUCCACGCCGGACAGAUCUGUAUGUCCACCGAGAGAAUCAUUGUCCACGCCCGAAUCGUCGACCAAUUCCGGGCGGCGCUCAAACACACGAUCGACGAGAUCUUCACUGACAAGGGCAUCGGGGCUCCUCGACUGAUCUCCCUGCCCGCCGUCCAAAAAACCAAUAGCCUGGUCGCUGAUGCUCUCUCAAAGGGAGCCAUCGCUCUCUGUGGCCCCGGGGGAACGGACAACGCCCCCGACCGUGCCGACACCAGACUGGCGCCCACUGUGCUUCAGGACGUGGCGCCGGGGAUGGACAUCUACUACACGGAGUCCUUCGGGCCAACCGUAGCUCUCUAUGUCGUCGAUUCAGACGAGGAAGCGAUCCAACUCGCAAACGACACGCAAUAUGGCCUCUCGAGCGCCGUCUUCACAGAAGACUUGCUAAGGGGGUUGAGCAUCGCCAAGAGGAUCGAAACCGGAGCGGUACAUAUCAAUUCGAUGACAAUCCACGAUGAACCAGCCUUGCCUCAUGGGGGGGUCAAGGCCAGCGGCUGGGGUCAAUUCAACGGCCUGCAGGGCCUCGAGGAGUGGGUCUACUCCCAGAUCGUGACAUGGAAGGAUAGGGACAACUACGCUGGUAAGACCAUUGCUUCAUCCAUGAAGUGGUGA